CCUGUAUGUAAUUCUAGAUAAGUGCCGGUGCUCCUCGCCCUUUCGCUUUUUGAGUUCCUUCUAAACAUGAGAGUGUUUCAGUCAUGUGUUUGUGCCUCCUUGGUGCUGUUCUUCUGUCCUCUCUACUCGUGUGCCUUGCCUCCACCUUGUGACAGUGAGAUCUACUGUUAUGGGGACAUCCUGAGGCAGGUUCAGACCGCCAAACUGUUUGAUGAUGACAAGCACUUUGUGGAUAUGAAGCUGAAGUCAGCCCCUGAUAUUAUCCUGACAGCGUUUCACAACCUGACACACGGAGAUCCAAACGCUGUCCCGCCCGCCGUACUGAGAGACUUCCUUCACACGUACUUUGACGAACCAGGGAAAGAGUUUGCGCCGUGGUCCCCACCUGACUGGCACGACAAGCCACAGUUCCUGGCUGGAAUAGCAGAUGCAGAACUGCGUAGCUGGGCCGAGAAGCUGCACCAUCUGUGGAAGUCUCUUGGGAGAAAGUUCAGUAGUGAUGCUUUGGCCCACCCAGAACGGUACUCUCAGAUCUUCACCCCCCACCCUUUCGUCGUACCUGGAGGACGCUUCAGGGAGCUGUACUAUUGGGACUCCUACUGGGUGAUCAAUGGUCUCCUGCUCUCUGAGAUGACAGACACGGCCCGUGGGAUGAUCCUCAACUUCAUCCACCUCAUCAACCGAUAUGGUUUCAUCCCCAACGGGGCCAGAGUUUACUACGAGCGUCGCAGUCAGCCCCCCUUCCUGUCUCUGAUGGUGGAGAGUUACUAUCAGACCACUAACGACACAGAUUUCCUCAGGACUGCUCUGCCCGCUCUAGAGCAGGAGUACCUGUUCUGGAUGCGGAACCGCUCUGUGGCCGUUGAAGUGAUGGGGAAUAAGCAUGUUCUGAACCGUUAUGAUGUACAGGUCGGCCUGCCCAGACCGGAGUCCUACAGUGAUGAUCUAGAGCUGGCUGAAGGUCUGACCGAGGAUGCUGCAGAGAGGCUGUGGAAAGAGCUGCAUUCAGGAGCAGAGUCCGGGUGGGACUUCUCGUCUCGCUGGUUUGUGGACGGCCUGGGGAACAACAACGGAUCUCUGAAAGACACCAGAACCAGUCUGCUCGUUCCUACAGACCUCAACGCUCUGCUCUGUCGCAACGAAAGGACACUGGCUCACUUCUACAGGACGCUGGGUAAUGAGUCUGAAGCAGCGCGGUAUGACAAAGCUGUAUCAGCCAGACAAGAGGCCAUAGAGGCAGUGCUGUGGGAUGAGAAGAGGGGCGUCUGGUUGGACUACAGCCUGGUAACCAACACCUCCCACCCUGCAUUCUACCCCACCAACCUGACCCCUGUCUGGGCAGACUGCUACUCCCAGCCUUCCAUGGGACAGAAGGCACUACACUAUCUACAGACUAGUGGUGGUCUUGCGUUCCCCAACGGUGUCCCUACGUCCCUGGUUGACAGUGGUCAGCAGUGGGACUACCCCAACGCAUGGCCCCCUCUACAACACAUACUCAUCCAAGGCCUGUCCAGUCUGCCCUCACAGGAAGCUAGAGAGCUGGGGUUUGAUUUGGCUCAGCGCUGGAUCAGAACCAACUGGCUGGCCUACGUCAAGUAUGAAGCCAUGUUUGAGAAGUACGAUGUGAACGGAGAUGGGAAGCCAGGCGGAGGAGGAGAAUAUGAAGUUCAGUUGGGAUUUGGUUGGACCAAUGGUGUGGCUCUCCAGCUCCUGUCUCAGUACGGCGACCGGCUCUCCUCUGGCAGCAACGGAAACAGCUUCACCUCGUGUCUAAGCAUCAGCGUCUCUGUGGCCCUGCUCUGCUCAGCCCAAACUCUGUUCCUAUGAAAUACAAUGGGUGUAGGGUGGAGUUGCCCCUAGACGCUGAUCUCGGGUCAGUUUUCCCCACCAAUAGUUAGGAUUGGGGCGGAGGAUUCGGAGCUUUUAAAAUGCUUAGAGGAGGAUGUUGAUUCGUUAAACUGUACAGAGUCUGAAAAUGAAGAUUUUAAACUCUCUCUGUUUCCCCUGCUAACUAUCAUUGUGUGUGUAAUGUUGUGGAAAUGUCCUCUAUUUACCAAAUCACACACAAGUCAGAGUUAGUUAUCACAAAGUCCAUCUUUAAUUAUAUGAGCUCUAUCACAACCCUGUGACUCUCAGAUCAAUUCAGUGUCUAUCAAUGAAUUCUCUGAGUCCCUUCUACAUUUCAACUGAGGUCCUUUAUAGCAAAGACACACAUAGGAUAAGACAGCAUCGGCAUAAUUCAUCGUUCAGCUUUGUCUCCUAAACUAUGUUAUUUUCUCAAACUCAGAACCAUAAACCAAUCCUCCAUAUCAACAGGCAUAUAUCAAAUCCAUCCUAUCUUGACAAGAUCACAGAGACACACUGACUGGCACACAGACAUUGUGGAGCCAAGAGAUACACGCUUGACCUCUCCCCUCUCUGCGUCCCAUGCAACUUAGUCUUGACAUAGAACAGAUAACUGCAACCCCGCCACAGUAUUAUACAAAAACAACAUUCUGAUGAGAAGUAACUUAUAAACAUAUGAUUAAUAUAAAACAUCUUACCUAUGUUACCAACUAAUUCUGAUUAUUCCCCAAUAGUGUGCGUGUGUGUGUGUGUGUGUGUGUGUGUGUGUGUGUGUGUGUGUACGCCACUAUCUAUCGUAGACUGUGACACAUUGAACUGACACCUUACACACAUGAUGAUCAUGGUAACUGAUAUUGAACUGACACCUUACACACAUGAUGAUCAUGGUAACUGAUAUUGAACUGACACCUUAACACACAUGAUGAUCAUGGUAACUGAUAUUGAACUGACACCUUAACACACAUGAUGAUCAUGGUAACUGAUAUUGAACUGACACCUUAACACACAUGAUGAUCAUGGUAACUGAUAUUGAACUGAGAUCACAAACGAUAAUAAUCUUCAUCCAUGUAUAAGGUAUUUCACUGGAGCUGAACUCCUGGUGUGUCAGGAAGCAUUUCCAUACUGGAAGUGGGACCCCAUUCCCUUAUAUGGUCAACUACUCUAGACCAGGGCCCCAGUGCACUUCAAAGAGGAUAGGGAGCUAUUUAGGACGUAGACAGAGUCAGAUGUGCAGUGAUUGGUUUAAAGAUAAUCAGAUCUAGUGGUGUGAGAUGUGCAGUGAUUGGUUUAAAGAUAAUCAGAUCUGGUGGUGUGAGAUGUGCAGUGAUUGGUUUAAAGAUAAUACAAUCAGAUAUAGUGGUGUGAGAUGUGUAGUGAUUGGUUUAAAGCUAAUCAGAUCUACUGGUGUGAGAUGUGCAGUGAUUGGUUUAAAGCUAAUCAGAUCUGGUGGCGUGAGAUGUGCAGUGAUUGGUUUAAAGCUAAUCAGAUCUAGUGGUGUGAGAUGUGCAGUGAUUGGUUUAAAGCUAAUCAGAUCUACUGGUGGCGUGAGAUGUGCAGUGAUUGGUUUAAAGCUAAUCAGAUCUGGUGGCGUGAGAUGUGCAGUGAUUGGUUUAAAGCUAAUCAGAUCUACUGGUGUGAGAUGUGCAGUGAUUGGUUUAAAGCUAAUCAGAUCUGGUGGCGUGAGAUGUGCAGUGAUUGGUUUAAAGAUAAUACAAUCAGAUAUAGUGGUGUGUUUUGUGUGACUCAUGUCUAAAUGAAUCAAUUGUCUCCAAUGCUGCCUGUUUUGAAGGUCAAAUUGGGAGAAACUGGGGAACGAUAUGACUGUAAUCCCUCGGAGCAUUUGGAAACAGACAAUAAAUGCUGUUUAAUGCAGUCCCGAUCAACAGUGUUGUUCAUAGUUUGAGUUGAAUGAGUAUGGCCAAUGUAUGAACAGCUCUUGUUUAUUAUAAAAUGUAUUUCUGUUUGUUCACCUGACAAUGCUUCCCUGUCAGUCUUUGACAGUGUUUUGUCUGGAGAAAAUGUGCACUACUCUUGAAAGUGCACAAGGUUUAUACCCUAAUUGGCUGUCUGCAGACACGGCUCUCUUCUACCUCAAUAUAACUAACACACAGAGAUAUGCAAAAGGUCAUCAGAUGAGAGGUUCGGGCGAAUCUGCUCCUCAAAGAGAAAUGCCACUGACCCGACUUUGGAGAUAUGAGGCAGGAGAGGAGGCAGGAGCAGCCCUGUUUCCCUUAAAAUUUGACCUUUUAAAUAAAAAAUAAAAAAAAGAUGUCAGUUGGAGUAGAAGUUGUUCAAUUCAAAAACCCAAAUUAAACAAAAAAUAAUAAUGUUUGCCUCCUGUUGAAUUUCCUCAGUGAAGCGUGACUUUAAAAAAAAUCAGGGUUCUGUGUCCUGAUGGUUUAAAUCAGAAAUGACACCUUUUGUUUUUGUAGGAGAGAAAAAUAAAUAAAGCUCACUGAAAUUCU